CAUUCGAUUGUACCAUUCAUUAUAGAUGAAUUUAAUGUUAACCUCUUUUCAUCUGACUCGAUGCAAUCGUUGUUCACUUGAAUCAUUUUCGAAGAAUCAACUUUGGUUUUAUCGCAAAUACAAAAGGAACAUGUCGAAGGACGCCCAGGGUUAUGUUGUACCCUCUUUAACGGUGGAUGCCGCAGUUGUUCGUGGUCUGAAAUCUGCUUUAGAAAUUUUACUUGUUACCCGAAGAAAGGAACCAUUCCAGGGCCGUUUAGCUUUUCCUGGAGGUUUUGUAGAAUAUGGUGAGGAUCCUGAGAAAGCAGUCUUGAGAGAACUGGAAGAGGAGUGUGGGUUAAAAGGAAAAAAUCCCACACUAAUUGCAGUUCGAGGAAACCCAAACAGAGAUCCAAGAAAGCACGUAGUGACCAUAUGCUACUUUGUAGAAACUGUACAGAGAGAUCCACAAGUAAGAGCCGGAGAUGACGCUGCUGCUUGUGGUUGGUAUUCUGUAGAGUCACUUAUCAAGAGUCCAGACCUUUUUGCUUUUGACCACUACGAUCUAUUACAGCAAGUUUUAAAAUUUUUAGACGAAACGAAACGAAGAUAAUAUAUAGGCUUCUCGAAGUGUCUGUGA